AUGUCACCUCUCAUCACUUCCACGGGCAAGCCCCGCGUCAUUCUCGGCUUGAUGACCUUUGGCCCAGAUGAGGAAACCGGCGCCAGAAUAACCGACGUGGGGGAGUACAACCGCGUUCUGGACCUGCUGCAGAGCAGAGGUUACAACGAGGUCGACACAGCGAGGCUGUACAUCGGGGGCAAGCAGGAAGCCUUCACUGCGGAGACGAACUGGCAACAGAGGGGGCUGACUCUGGCGACCAAGGUGGUGUACCCCAAGGAUGGAGGAGAGAACACCAAGGAGAAAGUCCAGGAAAGCGUGGCCAUCAGCUUGAAGGAGCUGAAGGCUGAGGCGGUGGAUAUCUUGUACUUGCAUGCUGCUGACCGCUCCACUCCCUUUGCGGAAACACUCAAGGCCAUCAACGAGCUUCACAAAGCCGGCAGGUUUGUCACUUUUGGCAUCUCCAACUUUACCGCCUUCGAGGUUGCCGAGAUUGUCCUUACGUGCAAGUACAACGGCUGGGUCAGGCCAACCUUGUACCAGGGCAUGUACAACGCCAUCACUCGCUCUCUGGAGCCCGAGCUGAUCCCCGCGCUGAGACGCUACGGCCUCGAUCUCGUGGUCUACAACCCCCUCGCCGGCGGUCUCUUUUCGGGCAAGAUCAAGACCAAGGACUUUGUGCCUGCCGAGGGGAGGUUCAGCGACAGCACCACCACGAUGGGCAAGAUGUACCGCAACAGGUACUUCAAGGACUCCACCUUCCAGGCGCUCAAGAUUGUGGAGGAGGCGGCGGAAAAGGCGGGCAUCACGCUCAUCGAGGCGGCGUUGAGGUGGGUGGUGCAUCACUCGGCGUUGAACAUCAAGGCCGGGAACGACGGGGUGAUCAUUGGGGUUAGCAGCUACGAGCAGCUGAAUGGCAACUUGACGGAUCUGGAGAAGGGACCGUUGCCGGAGGAGGUGGUGAAGGCGUUUGAUGAGGCGUGGAAGGUGAACAAGGCUGAUACGGUGAACUACUGGCACGGGGAGGUCAAGUAUGGGUAUGAUACGAGGGAGGCGCUUUUUGGAGCUGGUGCUAAAUAA